CGAAACUUUUGCGCCCGAUGUCACUGUACCCAGCAGUGCUCUUAAUCUUUCCGCCAAAGGAGAUAAAAUUGUUAUAUUCGUCAAAGAUGCAGAUACACCAACAUUUUAGAAAUCCCUAGAGUGAAAACAACUAAAUUUGGUCCUAACCAUGUGCGUUUCCAGCGGGCCUCGUAUUUGUCUCCUAUGCCUAUUACUGUAUGGCUGGCAAGCAAAGGCAGUGGUGCCAAACACAACUGGUGGCAUUCCAGAGCUGUAUGACAAGGUUGAACCAAAGCAGGAAUAUAGUGAUGCUGAUGAGGAACAAAAAGAGCUGUAUUUUAUGGAGAAAGAUUAUUUUUUAAAAAAAUUGAUGACAAAGUAUGGAAAUGGAGUUGAAAUGAAUUAUGAAGGGUUUGAACAUCUGUUGCAUAAGCUAGGUCUCGGAGGGUUGUUGGAGUUUGACCACGAGGUCAGUUGUCAUAAGGCUGAAAAUAGUUCUGAUUUUCAGGAAAUGCAUCUGCACCAUAAUCAUUCAGGAAACAUAUUAUCAUCUUCAAAAGUAUGUGAGAAUAAAGACGAACAUUCCCAUGAACACAAAGAUCAUGAACAUGAUAAUCAUGAUCAUAUUCACAGUCACAGUGAACAUGAAAAUGAACACAUUCAUGAGGACCAUGUACAUGUUGAAGAACAUGAUCAUGGACAUGCUGAUCACAAACAUUCCAAAGAUCAUGAUCAUGAUCACACUGGAGACAAUAAUCAGGAACACACUGAAGAACAUGAUCAUAAACACAAUGAAGACCAUCAUUAUGAACACUCUGAAGAAAAUAAUCAUGAACACACUGAAGAAAAUAAUCAUGAACACUCUGAAGAACAUGAUUUUGAACACAACAGCCAGAACGAAACUAUUGAAUUAGAUGUAGAUCAUGAACACGAUCAAAAUCAUACAGAUGAACAUGAUGAGCAUCAUCAUGACCAUGAUGACCAUCAUCAUGACCAUGAUGAUCAUAAACAUGACCAUGAUGAUCAUAAACAUGACGAUCAUAAACAUGAGCAUGUUGAAAAGGAAAGUAUAGGUGACACUGAAAAUAAUCCUAUUGUAAAUGAACCCACAAGUCAUAAUCAUGAACACAAUGAAACAGCAGAUCACAGUCAUGAUUAUAAUGAAGAAAUGGAAGAGACUGAGAAAAGUGUCCAUGAUCAUGUCCAUGAACAUGAUCAUGACCAUGUUCACCAUGUUCACAAGAGGGAGACAGAUCAUGAGUGUUUGGCAGCAAAUGUUAUGUUGCGUAUGGUCCAUGUUGAUAAACCGAGAAGUCUAACAAAAGAUAUGUUUAAAGAACUGUGCCCAAGCCUUAUUUAUCAGAUAGAGGCAGACUCUUGUCACAGUUCUCAUCGUCACCACGAUAGUUACCAUGGCAACCAUGACCAUGAUGACCAUGAUCAUUCAACUGAAGCAGAAAGUGCCAAGAUUGACUUGUCAAGUGUCCCACCCAAAGUAUGGGGAUUCAGUGCAGUAGCAGUCAUAAUUAUCUCCCUUGUGGGGUUGUUAGGUGUUGCUGUGAUACCGAUCAUGCAAAAGGUGUUCUACAAUCACAUGCUGCAGUUCCUGGUUGCCUUAGCUGUCGGAGCACUGUCUGGCGAUGCUCUGUUACAUCUUUUCCCACAUGCAAUAGCAGGAGGUCAUGGUGAUGAGGGUGGCGGACAUGGCGGGCAUGAUCACGGCAGUGGCGGCCAUUCUCAUGAUACAGGACCAAUAUAUAAAGGUCUGUGUGGCCUCCUGGGAAUCUAUUUCUUUUUCUUCACAGAGAGGGUGCUAACAAUGUUUACAGAAUAUAAGAGAAGGAAAAAGCAGACGAAAAAUCGUAAGAAAUAUAUGAAGGAUGAAGAAUUGGUCAAGGUUGGUGAAAAGCUUGCCAACAGUGAAUGUGAUGGUAUGAUGAUGAGUAUUCACCCAAAUAAAGCGCUCCGAGGUUAUGCUGAUGAGGCUCACUCUGAACAUUUCACGAACAUGGUCUGCGUCCAGAGAACCAUGAAGAGACGUGGGGUAGAUGGUGAUGAGAACACUUCAAUGAUUGGAUCUCAUAACUCUACACCUAAGCCCCACGGUCACGGUCAUGGACAUAAGCACGGACAUUCCCAUGGGGUAGACGGAGUCCCAGACUCUGUGGCCUCAGUUGCUUGGAUGGUUAUCCUUGGCGACGGAAUACAUAAUUUCAGUGAUGGACUCGCUAUAGGUGCUGCAUUCGUUAACAGUAUAACUGGGGGAUUCAGCACUUCAGUAGCAGUGUUUUGUCAUGAAUUGCCCCAUGAAAUAGGUGAUUUUGCUAUGUUGUUGAGAGCUGGUAUGUCACCUAAACAAGCCAUUAUCUACAAUUGUCUAUCCUCCAUUCUGUGUUUUAUUGGGAUGUUGAUUGGCGUCGCUAUUGGCAACCUUGAAGGAGCAACUCUAUGGAUAUUUGCUAUGGUUGGGGGAAUGUUUCUGUACAUAGCUCUUGUUGAUAUGUUACCGGAGCUGUCGUCUGUAGAGACAAAGAAGGGAGAACAUCCAUUGUGCCACCUUCUGCUACAAGGUAUAGGAAUGUGUAUUGGAGCAGGAAUCAUGCUGGCAAUAGCUCUUUAUGAGGAGGAUCUUAAAACUAUAUUAGACUAAACUUCCCAAGAGGCUGAGGUUCCAGUGUUUGUACACAAACUCGAGAAUAUUAGAUUACUAUGUCUCCCAUAUGAAGUGGGGGAGACAUAUUGAUGUAGUGCUGUCCGUCUGUCAGUCUGUAUGAUUAUCUGUCUCAAAGUUUGUUCAUGCAACUCCUCCAACAACACCGGGCGGAUUUACGCCAAACUUCACAGGACUGAUCAUUGCCAAGCCUAGUUGAGCAUAUUGUCAAUUUUUCUAGUUUGAUGAUCUUCAGCAGACUUAAUGGCCCUUGAUUUAUUAAAUUUUAUGAUUUGUUGGCCACUUCUCUGUUAUUAUUGGGAAGAUUUGGACCAAACCUCAGAAGGGUUAUUAGUGCCAAGCCUCAUAGUGCAUAUUUUCAGCUUUGGCCAGUUUGAUUAUUAUCAGCAGAGUUAUGGCCCUUCAUUCAUUAAAUUUUAUGUUAAGGCCAAUCUCUUUUUAUUAUUGGUUGAAAUUCCACCAAACCUUACAGGAGUUAUCAGUACCAAGCCUUAUUGUGCAUAUUGCUGACAUAUUCAUGUUCAGUGAUUUUCAGUUGAGUUAUGGCUCAUAAUUUGUUGUAUUUUUAUCUUGUGUGUGCAACUGCUCCGAUACCACCAGGAGGAAUUACACGAAAAUUCACAGAAGUGACCAUUGGUUAGUUAUGCAUUAUCAUCAGCACUUUCCAGUUUGUUCUUUAUCAACAGAGUUAUGGCCCUUGAUUCUUCAAAUUUUAUGAUCCUUUAACCAUUUCUCUUAUAAAAUAGGCCGGAUUU